UGCGUGUUAUAUCACUAAGGUUUUUGGUUGUUAAAACUUUGUUUAUCGUCAAAGUCACAAAGAAAGUAAAUACAUAUCUUAAAUAAAAUAUUGAUCAUUUCAAUCAAUUCUAAUGGAGACCGAAAUGGAUAAACAUAAAAUUGAAAGUGAUGACUUAAAGAGAUGUGGGGAAAUAACUACUCUAUUGUCAAUUGGCAAAAAGGAGUUUUUUCUGAAUUGUUCUUUUUGUGACUAUACCUUCCUACAAUUAGAGAAUUUCGUACAACAUAUGUGCGAGGAUCAUAUGUAUCAAUUUACUGCUUCGAAGAUUGAAGAUGAUACCGAGUUUUCAUUAGAGUUACAAGAAGAAAUCGACGAUGUGGACAUUCAAAUGCAGACGGCGUGUUCGGUGGAGGAGAGCGAUGACGAUAAUUCAAAUUUUCGAGAUUUCGAGAGGGUUGAAAUAGAGUUGGACGAGUCCAAGAUAGAUGAUUCAACAGGCGUGAAAGAUGAGUUUAUUGACAGCUACAUAAGCGAGGAUAGUGAGGAUGUUGAUAUAGAAAAUAAGGAUAAUGCGGAACAUUCUGAAAACAGCUCUGAAUUAGCGACAUACAUAAAGGAACUUGGUCUAGGAAAAAUGUUUGAUGAAAAAAUGUUGAUCGCCGUUUUCAAAAGUUAUGAAGAACACACAUUGCUAUGGGAUACAGACUCUCAAUUGUCCAAACAUAGCAGAAAAAGGGACACGGAGUUUAAGGAUAUCGCUAUAGAAAUAGGUAUGCCAUCGGAAUGGCAAGCUAUUCGAAAAAUGAUUGGAAAAUUGAGUACCAGGCUACGCACAGAGUUUGUUAGAAAAAAGAUAUAUCAUUCGAAAGGCAAAGCUUACACACCUCUCUUCUACAACGAUCUAACUACUUUUCUUAAGCCAAAACGGCAAAGCGUUCAGGCAAAGCCAAAACCAAGUGGAAAAAAAUUCACACUACCAGAAACCAUUUUAAAUGACGAACAAUUUGUGGUGUUAGCAGGAAUUUACAAAGGCCUUCGCACACUUUGGGAUGAAACUGAUAUAACAUAUAGAUUCAGUAACCGACGACGAGAAGCUUUCGAAACCCUGCAUGAAGAAUUUAAUAAACAAUGCGGAUUAAACCUAACAAAGUACGAUGUGGAAUGUGAAAUUUUACGGCUUCGAAAAAUAUGUUCUAACGAAAAAAAGCUAAAAUUUCUUUCUACACGACAUAAUAAGCCUUUUGAACCCACAUUCAAGUAUUAUAAUGCUAUAUCAUUUCUCGAACCUGAUGUUACACCUUUCGAAUGUCCAAUAUGCAGAAAAUUAAUUUUUGGCUCCCAACAAUAUAAAAUACAUGUGGCAUCACACGAUGGCUCGCAACCAUUCAAAUGUGAUAUCUGCGGUCAUGGGUUUAAUUUGUUAACUAAUUUAACCAUACAUUUAAGGCGACAUGCUCAGGACUUCUUGUAUAUGUGUGAAGUGUGUAACAAACCCUGGGCAACAACUACCGAAUUAAAGGCUCACAUGCGAAGUCAUACUGGAGAAAGACCAUAUAUUUGUGAAGUUUGUGGAAAAUCAUAUCGUACAUUAGCUGAGGUUAAAAAACAUAAAUUCCGUCACGACAAAAAUGCGCGGUACAAAUGUGAAAUUUGUAACAAGGGCUUCUAUUUGCAAUGUGUGAUGAGGGAACACAUGAGUGUUCAUUCAAACGUUCGGGACAAAAUAUGCAAUGUCUGCAAUAAAGGUUUCACAUCAAACAAACAUUUGCGACAGCAUAAGCAAAUCCAUGCGUCUGAAAAGAAAUAUAAAUGCAAGAUUUGUGGUACACGAUUUGCACAAUAUGCCGGGCUAAGCGGACAUGUUAAACAACACGGCACAACAUUGGUCGAAUUGAGUUCUAAAAGUGUUGAAGUAGUUGAAGAAAAUAUGUUUAUUAAUAUGAAUGUAUAAAUCUUUAUGCCAACUGAUGCCCAAUAAAAUAGUUUGUUAAAAUAAAUAUAAGAAUUUUAAAUAUAUGCUUAGAGAGUUACAAUUUCUUACAAAUUAUUAUUGUAAUAUUUGAAUAAUAGAUAUCAAAUUGAAUUAUUAAAGGUAUUCAUCUACAUACAAUAUGUAAUACGUAUAUGCAGAUCGUUAAUUUGUGUGCACCUUGUUUAUUCGUUAAGAUCGGUAGUAGGGCUCACAAAUUCUUUUAUUAUUUCGAAUCAAAAAUAAAUACAUAGAUAAUAUAAAUGAAUGUGUGAAUAAUUGAGGAAUUUAAGUUUGUAUUUUUAAAUGAAUAUAUAUCGAUAUAUAGUAUUACCGUGAAAUCCUUUGGUAGGUAUAGUAAUAGUUUAUAUUCACAAAAAAUUCAAAAGGUGAGGAGUAUACAGUAAAAUGCGAAAAAAAACUUUCUUUGUGUGAACGCUACGGGCAACAAUAAAAGAAAAGUUUCCGAUGGGUUGAGUAUGCUAUUAUUUUAGUAUUGCAAUUCAUAUUCAAAUUGAAACUUUGAGCGAUUCUUUUAUUUUUUAUUUUAUUUAUUUAUUUUUUUUUCGUAUUAUUUUGUAUACUCCUCAUUGCUAGGUUUCGCACAUUUUAUUGAAUAUAGGUAUGUGUAUAUAUUUGAAGGAUCUGCUGCAGUUGAUAAUUGAUUAUGUUUUAUCAAAUUGUGUUAAUAAAGCGAACAGUUUUUAACUUUUUCACAAUCUGUCGUAGUUUAUGUCAAGAAUGCGUGAUGACAAUUUUCUUAUCACUUUCUUAAGGCCGAAAACAGCAGUGCCAUACAAGCCGAACACAGAUAAGCGACAGCAUUGAUGUCGAAGGAAUUCUACAUUGACAAAAAAUUUCCCUACAUAUAUACAUACAUACAAACAUUAUUAAGAUUCAGUCUUUAUUUCAAUAUAUUACAUAAUACAUGUACAUGUUUACAUAGUAUACAAAAGAAAUAACAAUACAACAAUAAAUGUGCUACUCCUGUAAGAUGAGAAGCGUACCUUUGAAUAAAAACAAA